CAAAACAAAAAAAAUAUUCAAGUCAGCUGUCGCAAGACUUUUUCUGGAUCAACACAAAAUUAAAUUUACUGUUUGUCGUCCGCGUUCCCACUUAAUCUUGACUUUAACAUAAACAUACAAAAAAAUGAUUUGGCAUUCGGGCAACAUAGCAGAAGCGGUGGCUGAAUCCAAAGCCAAAGAUGCCAUAUUUGUGGUUUACAUAGAAGGUCAGGAUGAGAUGUCAGCCAAGUUGGAGAAAUUUAUGGAUGAUGGACGUGUCCGAGCAAAACUAGAAACAUCAGAUUUUGUGGCCAUUAAAGUAAAAGGAGAUAGCUCGGCCUAUGGACAGUUUAUAUCGCUUUAUAAAGUUGUUCCCAUUCCGUCUAUAUUUUUUAUUGGCAAAACGGGAACUCCUUUGGAAAUUGCCACUGGCAUAACAACCAAUGUCGAGGAGCUAGUGGACAAAAUAGACAAGGUCUUGGUAUUAGCCGGAAAGCGACAAGAGAAGAAGGAAACGUCCGGAGAAGUCUCCGUUGAGAAUGCAGACCGUAAAAUAGCUGGAUCAGAUGAUGAUAAGAACACAAAUAAUGAGGAAGAAAAGGCAGCAACUUCCGCGACCUCAGCCAAACCUGCUUCAGAAUUGGCUAAUGUAGAACUCACUUCUGAUGUGGCUACCUCUAGUGUCAAGGAAGUGAAGCAGCCUUUAACAGCCUCUAAUGCAGGAGGAGAAACUGAAUCGCAGUCCAGGAUGGUAGCAGAUGCUCAGAAUAUUUUAGACCAGAAACGACGCGAACGCUUGGCUCAAGAGCAAGGAAAGGAGGCCCAAAGUCCAGAUCAGCCUUUAACAGCCUCUAAUAAUGAGAAAACACCAGCCGCUCCAGCUGCAGUUGCGGCCGAAAAGAGAGCUGCCGCCGCCGCUGCAGCCAAAGCAGAGGCAGUUGAUUCUCCACCUUCACCACCCGUCGGUCCAGCGUCUAAUCUUAUCUCAAAUGUACCUCAAGGUCAACAGGAAGGAACUGAGGCCAGGAUGGUGGCAGAUGCUCAGAAUAUUUUGGACCAGAAACGACGCGAACGUUUGGCUCAAGAGCAAAAGCGUGAGAAGGAAAACGAAUUGCGCCGUCGACGUGAUGGAAAGGAGGCUCAAAGUCAACAGGCUUUGUCCAAAGAGCAAGAAAUUAAAAAUAUGCAGGAACGCAUACGCCGCGAACGCCAGGAGGAGCAAGAGGCCCGUGAACGUAUACGUGCCCAAAUAGCAGCUGAUCGUGCAGAAAUGACUCGUCGUGUGAUAAUAAGUACCGAUACAAAUAGUUCAUCCACUGGCGGUUCCACUGAAGCAGCAGCCACCACAUCGGUUAGUUCAGUCGAUGAGACACGUUUACAGAUCCGUUUGCCCGGUGGUACACAUCGCACAAAAUCCUUUCCCUCUGGUGAAUUACUCUCCACGGUAAAAACUUAUGUACAUGAAGAAUUGCUUGCGGGCAGCAAUAUACAAGAUUUCACAUUGGCCACAAGUUAUCCACGUCGUGAGUUCCAAACCGAAGAUGAGUCAAAGACAUUGACUGAAUUGAAUUUAGUACCAAAUGCUUUGGUUUUGGUCUUGGCCAAGGAGCAGGUUAAUCGCGUUGUUCGCACUGGUGGCUCUAUCAUGACAAUUUUGGCCACCGUCUUCUGGGCCUUGCUUACACCGGCAGCCAAGGCUUUCGAUUAUAUCAAUAAAAUGGGCAUUCAGCGUUUGACCCAAAGAUUGGCCAAUAUUGGUUGGCUUAGACCACUUCCACAGCAGCAGGCAGCUGCUGAUGAUGUCGUUCUAGUCCCUGGGAAUACUGCAUCCGCCCGUCGCAAUAUGGAUAUGUUUCAGUUGCGGCCAGCGCAAAAUCCUGGUAAUCAACAGCCGCAGUCAUCAACACCAUCACCAUCUUCAACACCAUCUGUUCCUACGGUUGAUGCAUUAACGCCUGAUCAGAAAGAGAAUGCUGCAACGUCACCCACAGGAAAUCCCACGAAGCAAUUACAGGCUGCAACAUCCGAAGCCGCUUCAGUCUCGGCUGCUGCUCAACCUCAAACACAAUCGCAUCAAUUCCAACAGCGUCCUGGCGGCUAUCAGCCACCGCGCUAUGGUGAUGCCAAUAUAAGACGCCUGCAGGAUACUAAAAAAGAUGACAAGGAUAAUAAGGCCACUUACAAUGGCAAUUCCACUCAACAGCAGUAAAUACCAAUUGGACGAAGUAACAACAACCUCCUCCAUCCUUCUUUUACUCAGAAUAUUUAACGGACAGGCCUUAAAUUAUUAACAACAAACCAGUAAAAGAAAAGAAAAACAAACACAUAACACACAUAACCGAACACACUAUAUGCAUAUACAUAUAUAUAUAUUUAUAUGUAUAGAUUUUCUAAAUACAAUAUUCCAUCAAAAAAUA